AUGAAUUCUGUGGAUAAAGCUCAAUUCACUGUUCUCGAUUAUUCCUUCUUCGUGAUUGUGUUUCUCGUUUCCGCGGCAAUUGGACUGUAUUAUGCAAUUAAGUCUCGCAAGAUUCAAACCACGAUCGAUGAUUACCUUCUCGGAGGCAGAAAUAUGGGCCUCUUUCCGGUUAUCUGCUCUCUGUCUGCCACAUCAGUGACUGGAUCCUCAAUUGUGGGCCUGACAGCUGAAUCCUACGCUUACGGAAGUCACAUAUGGAUGUAUUCUGUGGUCAUAUUCGCCAUGGCAAUGAUAGUUCCGUUCAUUUUCCUGCCGAUCUUCAAGGAAUUGAAACUCACAUCGAGCUUCAAGUACUUCGAAUUGAGAUUCAAUCGGCGAGUGAGACUUCUAGCCAGUCUCAUCUUCCUGUCCACUGGACUACUCUUCCUCACAGUCACUGUUUACGUUCCUGCCCUGACUUUCCAGAGAGUCACGGGCCUCAACACUUACGUCACCAUCACGAUCUUGUCGCUUUUGUGCGCUUCUUACACGGCAAUUGGCGGAUUCAGGGCUGUGCUGUGGACAGACGUUGUGCAACUGAUGAUCAUGAUAGUGUCCUGCACUGUAGUCGGCGUGAUUGGGAUUCAAGCCGCCGGAGGACUCGAGAAUGUCUUCAAGGCUGGCAAUCGCGGCGGAAGAAUUGUCAUUGCAAAUACAAACAUGAAUUCAAGAAGUUCCUUGGCCGGAUAUUUUCUCUCACAAACUCUCCUCGGCAUUUACCAAUAUGGAUUCAAUCAGACCAACUUGCAGAGAUUUCUGUCCUUGCCAAGUGGUGAGAAGAUGAAAAUAUCCGCAUGGACGCUUGCUUUCGUAUUUGGACUGUUUAUGUGCGCUUCAUCGUUUCUGGGUGUCAUCAUUUAUGCCAACUACGAGACUUGCGAUCCCUUCACAUCGGGAAUCAUCCAGAGAGUUGAUCAGAUUCUGCCGCACUUCAUUCAGGAGAGAGCAAACGUCUUUCUUGGCUUCAGCGGAAUCUUCAUUGCUGGCGUCUUUUCGGCCAGUCUGUCAACCACAUCGUCAUACUUGAACGCCAUGAGUGGCGUAAUCUACGAAGACUUCCUAAGCUAUCGCUUCUCAAGCAUCAAGCAGAUCUCUGCCAACAGAACAAUGAAGAUCAUCGUGCUCAUUCUGGGAAUCUUCCAGAUUCUCUUGGUGUUCUUCAUCGAGAAGAUGGGAAUGAUUUCACAAAUGACAAAUCAAUGCAUGGCUCUCAACACUGCCGCUCUUCUAACUCUCUUCGUUCUUGGCGCUGUCUUUCCCAAAGCCAACAACACGGGAGCACAAGUUGGAGCCUUGACUGCUAUUCUGAGCAUCCUGAUCCUGAUAAUUGGAAGCAUCAACAGCAAACCAGAACCUACACUUCCCUUCCAAACACACGACUGCAUCAGCAACUUAACAAUCAACAGCUUUCCUGACAUUCUUAAUGAAGAGGAAGACACAAGAACGUUUUUGGGCAUCAGUGUUGGAUAUUUGACAAGUCUGUUCACCGGAGGAAACACUGUUGACGACCAGAGACUCUUGGCACCUUUCCUGAGGGCAAAAGGAGACACCGAAGAAGCGGUGAAUCUUCAAAUUCAAGAGCGAUAG